AUGCACAUAGGCUUCCACACUCCCACACUGUCCUCCCCCCUCAGUCCACACUCCCACACUGUCCUCCCACCGCAGUCCACACUCCCACACUGUCCUCCCCCUCCCCCGCAGUGCACACUCCCACACUGUCCUCCCCUCCCCUCUCCCACACUGUCCUCCCUCUCCCCCGCAGUGCACACUCCCACACUGUCCUCCCCCUCCCCCGCAGUGCACACUCCCACAUUGUCCUCCCUCCCUCUCCCCACAGUCCACACUCCCACAUUGUCCUCCCCUCAGUCCACACUCCCACACUGUCCUCCCCUGCAGUCCACACUCCCACACUGUCCUCCCCCUCCCCCGCAGUGCACACUCCCACACUUGCACACUCCCACACUGUCCUCCCUUCCCUCUCCCACACUGUCCUCCCCCUCCCCCGCAGUGCACACUCCCACAUUGUCCUCCCCUCCCUUCUCCCCCACAGUCCACACUCCCACAUUGUCCUUCCUCCCUCUCCCACACUGUCCUUCCUCGCAGUGCACACUCCCACACUGUCCUCCCCCUCCCCCGCAGUGCACACUCCCGCACUGUCCUCCCCCUCCCCUGCAGUGCACACUCCUGCACUGUCCUCCCCUCCCGCAGUGCACACUCCCACACUGUCCUCCCUCUCCCCCACAGUACACACUCCCACAUUGUCCUCCCCUCCCCUCUCCCACACUGUCCUACCCCUCCCCCGCAGUGCACACUCCCACACUGUCCUACCCCGUAGUUCAAACUUCCACACUGUCCUCCCCCUCCCCCGCAGUCCACACUCCCGCACUAUCCUUCCCCUCCCCUCCAGUCUACACUCCCUGUCCCCGUGUUUUUUUCUUUGUUCAUUUGUUACAACAACAUUUCUUGUCCUUCACUUCCUGUGUCUCGCUGAGGAGCUCAUAG